GCUCGGCCCCUCCCCUCCCCUCCCCACGCCCCCGCCGCGCCGGCUCCUCUACAGUCGUCGCCGGGGUGGAGAAACCCUACCGUGCCUCCCUUCCUUCGGUCGGCCACCCACCCCUCGCUUUCCUUCCCACCAAGAGGAGAGUCGCGAUGCCCGGAAACCGCGCGGUUGCAGUUGGCGGCGGCGCCGACCGGCUCAGCGACCUCCCAGACGGCAUCCUCGAGCUCGUCCUCUCCUUCCUCCCGGCCGCGGACGCCGUGCGCACGGCCGUGCUCUCCAGGCGGUUUCGGGGCGCCUGGGCCCACGCCCCCGCGCUCAACCUCUCCGACGUCCUGCUGCAGGGCCGGUUCCUCGGCUUCGCGCGCGAGGCGCUCGCGCGGUACGGCGCGCCCGACAUCCCCGCGCUCCACGUGACCAUCGGCUGCGAGUGCAACCUCGGCCCCGCCACCGCCGCGUGGCUCCGCGACGCCAUGGAGCGCGCCACCGGAUCGGUCUCUGUCUCCGUGACGGCGCGGGGAGAAGCCGUGACGGCGCGGGGAGGAGCCCUAGAUUGCCUGAUUCUCCCGCGCUGCCUGAGAGCCAAGUCGAUCGCCCUCAUACUGAGCGGCGUCGGCUUCAAGCACUGCCCGCUUGUCCUCCCGGAGCCCGGCGCACCGACGUGGUUCGGCGGGUUGACGGAGCUGAGCCUCUCGAGGGUGCGGCUGCAGGAACGCGUGCGACCCCUCGGCGUGUUCCUGUCAUCUUGCUGCACCCAGCUGAGGAAGCUGCGCCUUAGCAAGGUCACUGGGGGCCUGGCCCCAGAUGAGGGGCUUACCCUGUGGCCGCUCGUGCUCCACUUGGACCUGCUGGAGGAGCUCGAGGUCGAUCGCGUCGAGACCUUUACCAAGCUGCAGGUGGCGUCCUCCAAUCUCCGCACCCUGGGCGUGCUCUCCUGCUUCAGGUCUUUGUCGCAGUGCGGCAUGGACACCGUGGUUGAGAUCUCGGCGCCGAGACUUGAGGUUUUCAGCUGGUCUGGCGCACUCCCGAAGCACCUCAGCUUCCUGAACCUGAAUGGCAGUCAUUGCAUCCGGUGCCUGCGUCUGUCUGGUCUUUCUUUCUACUUGCCCGGGAAACAGAUCCGGUCUGCCAGCGCUGUGAGGUUACUGGAGAUGUGCCCUAGGGCCGACCAUCUCAUUGUUAGCAUUGACAUCCCAGAGUCCACCUCUCCGCCCAUGUUAAACAGAGAGGAGCUGAAGCAUGUACCACACCUUCCUAACGUCAGAGUACUCUCCCUGGAGAUGUUUGCGGUUUUGCAGCUUACGGGAUGUCCCAUUACGCCAAUUAUCUCAUCCUUCCUCAGGGGAUGCCCCAAUCUAACACGACUUCACAUUGACCUGUCGAAGCUGAACAUUUUCUCAAGGUUGAAUGCAGAGUGUUUUGGGGUUCGAGGUAAUGAUGAAACUGAAAUGAAAAAGACUUGGCAAAGCACUGAUCACCGCAUGUGGAAAAGGAAAACAUGGAGAGAUCAACAACAGCUAAUCUCGCUUCGAGAGAUAAGGCUCAGCGGGUUCAUGGGAACAGACCGCGACAUGGAGAUCGCUGAUCUUCUCUUUGGGGUUGGGGCUUCACGACCAGCACUUGAGAGAAUAUCUAUAUCAUUGGUCCCUCAAUUAACCCAAGGUGUGGAUGGCAGUUCUGCUUGCGGAGUACUGUGGUACGCCAUUGGUGCGAAGAUGAAGACUGAGUUCCCUCUUGUGGGAGGAUGCUGGGAAACGUUCCCGAGGAAAGAACUCACAUGGACCAGAACAUGAAUUGCAAGGGUAAAUAUGGUUUAUAAAAAUAUUAUAGUAGAACAAAUACUGUUGCUGCAUUGUAGGAUGGCUACUAGCUCCUUGACCACACAUCAAGUAGUCAGACGUUUCUAGUUAAGUUUUCAUGCAAUGAGGGUUCAAAUUUGAUGAGGAGAUGGUGAUUGGCUAGGGCCACACCAGUUAUCCUGAGUGCUAGAGCUCUUGUUAUUGGUAUGGUUAUUAUUGCAAUUAUUUUGGUGAAGUAUUGUGGUAUGGUAUCAAUGUACAAGUGCUGCCAAA